AUGGCCAUUGAGAAGGGCGUCACCGAAAUCGCGGAUUCUGAAGAUGAUCUAAUGACGUCGUCACCUCGUGUUGUUCCGGAUGAAGCUGCGGACAAGCUUUGCGCAAUGGCACGCGUUCCGUACCAAGAGCGACAAGAUGCGUUGCACGGGGCAGAUUGCCUCCACCAAGCAUUCGCACAACGCAAUGCCAACGCAGCUUCAUGCUCAGCUGAAGGCUCGGGCGGCGAUCGUGACGAUGCUCAAAUUGACGACGCGUCGAAAAUUGAUCAAACUAACAUGACACUUCAAGACCCCAGUACAGCUCACACCCCAAUCACCUCUACGGCAUCAUCCAUAGGGAUAACUUCGGUCGAUUCUGCAGCGGACGCGUCAGUUGGCAGAGUCGGCAAUCAUGCAGUCCCAAACCUUUCCUUGGGCGCCGAGCAACAUGAUGCCCAAAGUCCAGGAACCACGCUCCGCAACUCGCAGAUAGAUACCGACACUAGCGGAACUGCCAUGAGCACCAGAGAGACUAGCUCAAUGAUCGACCACAAACAAACUUUGCUAAAAGAUCCCACGGAACAACAUCUAGCCGUGGCAGAAACGGCCUUGUCGAAAAAGAGCGCAGACGAAGAUUCGGUGGCUAGUUCACGAAGUACUGAACCAGCUACUCAUGAUCAAUCGUACACUGGCGCGCGUUGCAUGACCUCACCUCCACAAACACCGCCAUUGAAGACGUCCCAGGAAACCACUCUCGACGAGAUGAGAGCACAAAAGGCUGCGCUUCUAGCUUCUCUCGGUGCUCUUCCAGCCAUCCAAGUGCUCAUAGAAGAACACGCUCUUUCAGACGCCGAACUAGACGAUGCAAACGACGUGCCUACUGAGACUGACAUCAUGGCAGCCGCAAACAAGAUAGUCAGAGAACAUAUCAAGUUACUGCAUGAAUACAACGAACUGAAAGAUAUGGGCCAGGGAUUGAUGGGUCUUAUUGCAGAUCAGCGGGGCGCACGGAUCGUGGAAGUGCAAGAAGAGUUUGGCAUCGAUGCAGCGGAUUAAUCAUUAACACCAAGGAGAUAAACGGGAAUAAUAAGGCCGUC